ACCGCCUAAUUAUUCACGACCAGCGCCCGGAUUCCAAAAUCCGCCUCAAGCCCAACCUCAAGGUGGAGAUCUCGCAAACAUCUUGGCGCAGUUUAUGACAACCACCCAAGCCUCCAUCCGCAAUUUAGAAACACAGAUGGGCCAACUUGCAACCCAACUAACAGCGAGGCCAUCGGGAGCACUGCCAUCAAACACGGAAGAUCCUCGGAAGAACAACGUCGAGCAGUGCAACGCCGUGAGUUUAAGGAACGGGAGACAAUUGGAGGAGGCCCCACGAAAGGAGAAGCAAAACACGGUAAUCGAGGAGCCGAAUGAGAUUGAGGAAAAAGAAGCAACUCGCAAGGAACCGCCAUCUCCCACAGUGAUCUCACGAGUCCCUCAAGUCCCAUAUCCUCAAAAUCUUCAAAAGAAGAAGCUCGAUGCCGAGCACCAAGGAUUCUUGAACAAGCUGAAGGAAAUCCACAUCAAUAUUCCGUUUAUCGAAGCCAUUCAAAAGAUGCCAAAGUGGGUGAAAUUCCUCAAGGAGCUCGUAACAAAGAGGAAUAAAUUGCAAGGGAAUGAGAUCAUCCAACUCACAGAGCAAUGCAGUGAAAUUCUUGUACGACCCCUUCCACAAAAACUCGGCGAUCCAGACCAUGGGAAAGGAUCUUUAAGUGCAGGAGAUGGUGGCGGAAAAGAUAGUCGGACGGAGCAAGUUUAUUGUGCGAACUCAAUUUCAACUCCGCCGAGGGACAGUCAAAAGAGUUGGGAUGAUAACAAUGAUGAACGUGCAAGGUGGAUCUGGCCACCUAACGAACCAAACGAGCAUUAUUGGGGAGAGGAAUUCAAUCGCCAAGUGACUUCGGUCACGUUAGCUUGAACAAAGAAGCAGACAAAGUCCGGCUGAAGACUGUAAACUUAGCGC